GAGACAGUGAUCGACCCUCCCGUCACUAUAUAUUGCAGAGGCUGAGGUCGGAGGGGAGGGCAGAGGGAAGAAGAACAAGAGCAGGGCAGAUUUGUCGGAAGAAGCUUCGGGUGAAAUGGCGAGUUGUGCACCGGCCUCCCACACCACGUCGCUCGAUUGCAUCAGUCUUUCGGAGCCUGAUAUCAACAAAUCCGUUACGCUUCUCAAGCAGGCAUGCCUAGAUUCUGGGUUUUUUUAUGUCAUCGACCAUGGAAUUAGCCAAGAGUUUAUGGAUGAAGUUUUUGCCCAAAGCAAGAAAUUUUUUGAUCUGCCAAUAGACGAUAAAAUGAAGCUGCUUAGAAAUGAGAAACAUCGAGGUUAUACACCUAUUCUAGAUGAGACUCUGGACCCAGAUCAUCAGAUAAAUGGUGAUUAUAAGGAGGGAUAUUAUAUUGGCGUUGAAAUACAUGAAGAUGAUCCACAAGCAGAAAAACCAUUUUAUGGACCAAAUCUGUGGCCAUCUGCAGAUAUUUUACCGAGAUGGAGGGAAACCAUGGAGCGAUAUCAUAAGGAGGCAUUGAGAGUCGCCAGAGCUGUUGCUAGAAUUAUAGCACUUGCACUUGACUUAGAUGCCGGCUUCUUUGAUAAGCCAGAAAUGCUUGGAGAGGCUAUUGCAACGUUGCGACUCCUACACUAUGAAGGUGCAAACCAAUUUACAGGUAAAAUUUCAAAUCCUGAUAAAGGUGUAUUUGGAGCUGGAGCACAUUCUGAUUAUGGUUUGAUCACUCUGCUGGCAACGGAUGAUGUAGCAGGGCUACAAAUAUGCAAGGAUAGAGAUGCUAAACCUCAAGUAUGGGAAUAUGUGGCACCAGUGAAGGGAGGCUUCAUAGUUAAUCUUGGUGACAUGCUGGAACGUUGGAGUAAUUGCAUUUUCAGGUCCACGAUCCACAGAGUAGUUCUGGAUGGAAGAGAGCGCUAUUCCAUUGCUUACUUUGUGGAGCCAAGCCAUGAGUGUCUGGUUGAGUGUUUGCCAACUUGCAAGUCCGAGACAAAUCCGCCAAAGUUCCCUGCAGUGACUUGUUCAGCAUACCUGCUCCAAAGAUACAAAGACACGCAUGCCGACCUCAGCACUUAUGACUUGGUGAACAGUUCAAAGGCUGUGGCUUGACCGAGGCCAAAGUAGGGGAGAAAACUCGGACCUAUCAAAAGCACCAUGAAGAGCGACCGUACAAAGACAACAAGCAAGUGCAUUAAGGUACCUGCAUGUGAGAUGCAUUAAUGGUCAAGGAGGGAUGAUGCUGUCCUCUCCUCUCCUCUCCCAUGGCUUCUUUGCCAUGCCAACAUCUAGGAACGGCAGUCAUGUAUGCCAGCCUAUGUCUCCGAGGUGGGAGCGUGAUUUGUUUUCUUUCCCUACCCUUUUCUUCUAUUUCUCUUUUGCAAAGCAUAGGGAUGUGCUUUCACGUCUUUUGGUUAUUGAGUUGAUCGCGAGGUUGAGAUAUCAAAAGAUGAAGGAAUUCAAUCCGAAACCCUAUAAAAAUUAUAUUGCCCAAGUGAAUAUAUUCUCAUGCGUAGCUCUUUUACAA